AUGCGCUGGCAUAAACCUAUAGUGAGUCUUCUGGCUCUCCUUAGCCCGGCCUGGGCUUCGGAUCCCUCGCCGAGUACGACGCAAUCGGCCGCAGCGCCGGCUUUCACUUACGAUCGUCGGUCUUUCCUCCUUAAUGGCGAACCGCAUGUCAUUAUUGGCGGGCAGAUGGACCCUCAGCGGAUCCCUCCGGCAUAUUGGCGCGACCGCUUGGUUAAAGCCAGGGCUAUGGGACUCAAUACUAUCUUUAGUUACGUAUAUUGGAAUCUCCUUGAGCCAAGACCAGGCCAAUGGACUAGCAAUGAAGAAAGUAACGACAUUGCUAAGUUCUUUCGGGUCGCCCAGGAGGAAGGGUUGAAUGUGGUGCUCAGACCUGGGCCUUAUAUUUGCGGCGAGAGGGAAUGGGGAGGAUUCCCCGCGUGGCUUACCCAGGUUCCGGGGAUGCGGGUUCGGUCUUCUAAUGAAGCGUUUAUGGAGGCGGCGGAAAGUUAUUUGAAGCGUCUUGCGGGUGAUUUGAAGGACUUACAAGUGACACGAGGUGGCCCCUUGUUAAUGGUCCAGGUUGAGAAUGAGUAUGGGUCAUAUGGAGAAGACCACACUUAUACGCAAGGACUGAGAGAUAUUCUUCUCGAAAAUUUCGAAGUCCCUCUCUACACGAAUGAUGGUGGGGUGGAUUGGACUCUUAAAGGCGGCGAGGUCCCGGGUGUACUAGCCGCGAUCGACGGGGACCCGAGAUCAGGAUUCGCGGCGCGGGAUAAAUAUGUCAGCGAUCCUACCGAGCUCGGCCCUCUGCUCGACGGGGAGUACUAUACCUCUGGCCCCGACUUCUGGGGAUCGGAAAGUCCUCAUAACACUGCGGUUGGGAAACCGUCACAGAUCCAACAGUACGUGGAUGACCUCGACUUCGUGCUUGGAGCAAAUAACUCGAUAAGUCUGUACAUGUUCCAUGGCGGGACGAACUUUGGAUUUAGCAACGGUGCGAUAUGGAAGAAACUUCACGGCGGUAUUCAUCACGAGCUACGAUUACGGGUCGCCGUUGGACGAGAGCGGUCGACGACGGACAUGUAUUUUACGUUUCGCGACGCGAUCCAGAAGUUCGUGCCGGAGGGAAGUAUUCCCGAACCGCCGGAGAAUAUCCCCCUCCUUGAGAUUGGGAACAUUACUCUCUCCCCUGUGGUCCCAUUGUUCGAUAUGUUGGGAACUAAGACGACGAGCGUCUCGCCGCUGACGAUGGAGGAGCUAGGGCAGGACUAUGGAUUCGUCCUCUACGAGCAUAAAGUCACUGCUAGCUUUGAAGGGAGCCUGCAGCCUGGAGAUCGGGCGAGGGAUAGGGUUAUUGUUUAUGUGAAUGGAACGAAACGGGGGGUUAUCGACAGUACGUACAGUCAGCCGGCGCAGGUUAACUUGUCGCUCCAACCGGGCGAUACGCUGCAGCUGUUAGUCGAGAACCUCGGUAGGGUUGACUACUGGUCCCGAGAGUCCGGCACAUUCGUAGCUCUUGAGGACCCGUACAAGGGUAUCAAAGGCAACGUGACGAUUGGAUCUGAAGUGGUAAGCGGCUGGGACGUGUACUCGUUACCUCUCGAUGCACCCCCCACUGAAACCAAGCCCAGCUCCAGCGCGAUAGCAACCGGAUCUCCACCCGUGUUCUUCCGCGGCAGCUUCAAGGUAGACGGUGGCAAUAACACCAACCCAGCAGCAUUAGAUACUUUCUUAGAAGUACCCAACGGCGUCAAGGGUAACGUCUGGGUGAACGGGUUCAACCUUGGGAGGUAUUGGAUCGUCGGGCCGCAGCAGUCGCUGUAUCUCCCGGGAACACUCAUCAGACCCGAUGUUGAGAAUGAGAUUGUUGUCCUUGAGUUGGAGCCGGGUGCGGAGUCGUUGACGGCGUUUGGCUCGGCUGAGAGGCGGUGGGCGAAUUAUCCGGAUCCUGAUUACCCCUGA